GUUAACUUGUCCUGGUCCACGUUUUGCAGCUUGAAAACAGCCACAGUGGCGAUAAGCAGCUCUGUGGAAGCGGAGGGAUUGGCCCAUCGCUGCCCAGACAAGACUGUUGUGAAAGUGUUGAGCUCUUAGCAGGAAUGUAGUGACAGGUCUAGACCUGAACUUCCGCAUUAGGCAGGAAGAAGUCAACAGACAGCCAGAUGCAAUCCACAUCAACACACCCAAAUCUGCCUGCUUAUGACCGUUUUUGUGCAUUUUUGGUGUUGAGCUUCGUUAGAGAAUAACAUUUCCAGGUGGAACUAUUGUCCAUGAAGCUGUUAUCUUGAAACUAACUGGUGAACAAAAAGGGGAUAUACACAUUUGAAAAGAUGGAUGACAUUGACGCCAUGUUCAGCGACCUGCUGGGGGAGAUGGACCUCCUCACUCAGAGUCUCGAUCAGGAAACUGUGCCUCCUGCGCCGCUGCCCAGCACCGAGAAGGAAGCCAACUUCUCCAUCGGCUUCACUGACCUCAACGCGUCCCUCCAUGAGCUGGAGGACAAUGAUUUGGACGCUCUCAUGGCUGACCUGGUGGCUGACCUCAGCGCAACAGAAGAGAAACUCGCGGCGGAGAUCGAAGGCCUGAAGGUGCCGCCACCGCCCCCAUCGGAGCAGCAGCUGCCGCCGCCGCCCCCCAAAGACCUGACCACGCGACCGGCCUCCUCGCUCACCUCGCCAACAUCCCCCGCAAGCACCAGCAGCAAUGUUAGCACCCCUUCCCCCUCCACCACCUCCCCCUUACCACCUCCUCAGUCGAAGAAGCCCACAAAGGAGGAAAUUGAGGCGCAGAUGAAGGCAGACAAAAUCAAACUCGCUCUUGAGAAGCUUAAGGAAGCCAAAGUGAAAAAGUUGGUGGUGAAAGUGCUGAUGAACGACGGCUGUUCCAAGACUCUGAUGGUGGAUGAAAGACAAAACGUCAGGGAAGUUCUGGACAACAUGUUUGAGAAAACUCACUGUGACUGUAAUGUGGACUGGAGCCUGUGUGAGACCAACCCUGAACUGCAACUCGAACGGACAUUUGAAGACCACGAGAACCUUGUGGAGCCGCUCUUAGCGUGGACGCGGGACAGCGAGAACAAAAUCCUCUUUCAAGAGAGAGGGGAAAAACAUGAGGUUUUCAAAAACCCACAGAACUUUUAUCUAUGGAAGAAGGAUAAGAAAACUCUCAAAGACAUUAAAGACAAAGACAAGGAGUUAUUAAUACAGGAGAACUUCUGCGGCACUUCCAUCAUCGUGCCUGAUCUCGAGGGGGUUCUGUACCUCAAAGAAGACGGCAAGAAGUCCUGGAAGCAGCGGCUCUUCCAGCUGAGGGCCUCGGGAAUUUAUUAUGUGCCCAAAGGGAAGACCAAGUCCUCCCGUGAUCUCGUCUGCUUUAUCCAGUUCGACAACGUAAACGUCUACUAUGGCAAAGACUUCAAGAGCAAAUACAAGGCCCCGACUGACUUCUGCUUUGUUCUGAAGAUAUUUUAUUCUGUCUCGCAGGACUUUGGAAACUUCCCUCCCCCACCUCCUCCUCCACCACUGGGUGAAAUCCUCCCCCCACCUCCUCCGGACCCCGUCCUUCCUCCUCCACCGCCUCCUUUGGCUGCCAAGAGUGCCUUGAAACCUGCUGGCCCACAGAAACACCUGCCGACCAACUUCCCUCCACCUCCAUCUGCGAUGGACAACCUCCCACCUCCACCGCCGCCUCCACCCAUCGACGACGCCUCCGAGGCCCCACCCGACUUCCUUCCACCUCCUCCUUCGGCCGCCGGCUUCGGUUUGCUCCCACCUCCUCCACCAUCGAUGGUGAACUCUCUACCACCGCCACCCCCACCGGCUAGUUUCGGGGGCAUGGACCUUCCUCCUCCACCACCAGAUCCGGUGUCUUUACCUCCACCACCUCCAUCUCAGCCAGUGUUCACAGGAGCUGGGGCACCACCGCCACCUCCACCACCUCCUCCUCCACCACCUGCCGCCCCUGUUGCUGCCCCACGAGUAGCUGUGCGGCCCGCGGGAUCCCUGAAGAAGGUUCCUCCUGCCCCGCCAAAGAGGACUACACCACCGCUGCACGGAGGAGGUGGAGGUGGAGGAGGAGGUGGAGACUUCAUGUCAGAACUGAUGCUCGCCAUGCAGAAGAAGCGUUCGGAUCAUUAAUCAAUCAUCAAUUUGUGGAUUAUAAAUAUAGUACGAACUUAAUCUGCAAGAAAAAGCAAACGUGUCUUUAAAGACAUUCAUUAAUCUAUUCAUAGUUUACAAAGCAAAAGACCAAAGAGAUACCUUUUAAAGAAAAUGUUGUAAUAACGCUUUUGUACUGAGUUUGGAAACUGGUGUCACAAUUUGCUUUAAGAAGCAAUAUCUGUUGGGAUAAACACAAAGUUAUUUUUUAUGACAUUAAAAUCAAAAAGCUGUUGUCAUACUUCCAAGAGACACUUUUAUAGGAUUGUACAUACGUUUGCAUGGAUGAAGGGCUGUAAAUACUGUAAAAACACAUUCUCACAGUGUCCAGGGAAUAUACAGUGUACCCAGUUAGUUUUCAGAUGACUGUUACCCAAAUAAAACCUCCGAAAUAAACCCUUUAAAAUCCUGGUGGCUUAAGAAAUGCA